AUGUAUAUCCUGCUCUCACCUGCCCAAGAAGAAGCAAUCAAAAAGUCAUGGAGUCUCCGCAGAUGGCUCCUCGAAGACGAUGAGAUCAACGUGGCGCCAGGUGCGCCAGUCUCCAGCAGCUGCAUCGGGUCCGGGCUUGGAGGAGGCAUUGAAGAGAAGUUCAGCCGUGCUGCAUACCAAGGCGAGGAUAAGUCGAAGACAGCUUAG